ACUCCGAGCCUCACUCUCUCUCCGCGGAAGCUAGGGUUUUGUUCAUUCGUGAAGAGCGAGUCGACCUUCACUUCGCGGUAAGGUGUGUCUCUAAAUCAAAGGAUAGUCUUCGUUUACGUGCCAUUCAAUUGGCUCUGUCAAGAUGUAUACUUCAAGGAAGAAGAUUCACAAAGACAAUGAUGUAGAACCCACUGAAUUUGAAGAGGCUGUUGCACAGGCAUUGUUUGAUUUGGAAAAUACAAACCAGGAGCUUAAAAGUGAAUUAAAGGACCUUUACAUUAACUCGGCAGUUCAAAUUGAUGUGGCGGGGAAUCGCAAGGCUGUUGUUAUCCAUGUUCCCUAUAGAUUGAGGAAAGCAUUUCGCAAGAUCCACCUUAGACUUGUCAGAGAACUUGAGAAGAAGUUCAGUGGAAAGGAUGUGGUUAUUAUUGCCACAAGAAGGAUUGUGCGCCCACCAAAGAAAGGUUCUGCUGCCCAAAGACCUCGUUCCCGUACACUGACGGCUGUGCAUGAUGCCAUGCUUGAGGAUGUUGUUUUUCCUGCUGAGAUUGUUGGAAAACGUAUCAGAUACAGGAUUGAUGGGUCCAAAAUCAUCAAGAUUUUCUUGGAUGCCAAGGCACGAAAUGACACCGAGUACAAGCUGGAGACAUUUAGUGGCGUUUACCGAAAGCUUUCUGGCAAGGAUGUUGUAUUCGAUUACCCGCUAACAGAUGCAUAAGUGCUGCUGCUAAUGAGAUUUCGUAUUCUAGCCUUCUAUGGCUGUUUUGUUGAAGAAUUACCCAAUAUGAAUUGCAUUUACAUGAGCUAUUUUAAAUCUUGAAUCUUGGAUCUUGAAACAUUGAUGAAAGUUCCAUAUGUUUUUUGCGUGCUGUUUAAAUUUUGGCAAAUGUUUGGUUGUAGAACUAUCCUUCUUUGAGGAGUAAGUUUGUUAUAUCCAAGACCUUAAGUUUGUUGAGCUAA